UUUUUCACUUGUUCAUCUCUUAAAACUUCAUACUUUCCCAUUUGAAAGGCUUCCAUUUUUGUUGUUCCUUUUUUUUGAAAAAAAAAAAUAAUAUAGAAGGAAAAAAAAAGAACAUUAUAAACGAUACCGUUGGAUUAGAUUUACUUUUUUGAAAAAAAAGAAACAUUGAUAUUUUAAAAUGCAGAUGCUUACAAAGUUUGAAUCUAAAAGCAAUCGCGUCAAAGGCGUUGCUUUUCACCCUAAACGUCCUUGGAUUUUAGCUUCCUUACAUAAUGGUUGUAUUCAACUCUGGGACUAUAGAAUGGGAACAUUGCUCGAACGCUUUGAAGAACAUGAUGGACCUGUUAGAGGUAUUUCUUUUCAUCCUACACAACCUCUAUUUGUUUCUGGUGGUGAUGAUUACAAAAUCAAGGUUUGGAACUACAAAACCCGUCGUUGUUUAUUCACUUUAAACGGUCAUCUCGAUUACGUUCGAACCGUAUUUUUCCAUAACGAAUUACCUUGGAUUAUUUCUGCCUCUGACGAUCAAACGAUUCGUAUUUGGAAUUGGCAAUCAAGAGCCUGUAUUGCUAUAUUGACAGGCCAUAACCAUUAUGUCAUGUGUGCUCAAUUCCACCCUAAAACCGAUCUUAUUGUUUCUGCUUCUAUGGAUCAAACCGUUCGUGUCUGGGACAUCACUGGUUUGCGUAAGAAGUCCCAAGCUCCUUCUGCCAUGACUAUGGACGAUAUGGGUAGACCUGGACCUGGCGGCGAUAUGUUUGGAACAACAGAUGUUAUGGUUAAGUAUGUUUUGGAAGGUCACGAUCAUGGUGUCAAUUGGGCAUCUUUCCAUCCUACCCUUCCCUUGAUCAUUUCUGCUGGUGACGACCGUCAAGUUAAACUUUGGAGAAUGAAUGACACAAAGGCAUGGGAAGUGGAUAGUUGUCGCGGCCAUUACAACAAUGUUUCUAGUGCUAUUUUCCACCCUCGUCAAGAUUUAAUUUUGUCUGACAGUGAAGAUAAAACUAUUCGUGUUUGGGAUCUGACUAAACGUACUGCUGUUGCCACAUUUAGAAGAGAUCAUGAUCGUUUCUGGGUAUUGACUUCCCAUCCCGAACUCAACUUAUUUGCUGCUGGUCAUGAUAGUGGUUUGAUUGUUUUCAAGCUUGAGCGUGAGCGUCCUGCAUUCCAAGUUCAUAACAACGAGCUUUAUUAUAUCAAGCACAGUAUUUUGCAUAUUCAUGACUUCCCCAGUACUGCUGAUCAAGAAGUCAUGUCAGUUCGCAAGUUAGGAUCUCAAUUCGUUGCACCUCGUACUUUAUCUUAUAAUCCUGCCGAAAGAGCCGUUUUGUUAACCUCUCCCUUUGAAGGUGGCUCUUAUGAAUUAUAUCGUCUUCCCAAGAACUUGGGUGGUACUCUUCAAGAACCUUCUGAUGAAUCCAUGAAGGGUACAGGCCAUGCUGCUCUUUUCAUUGCCCGUAAUCGAUUUGCUGUAUUUGAUAAGACAAACCAAGUUAUUCAAAUUCGCGAUCUUUCAAACAAAGAAACCAAGUCCUUCAAGACUCCUGGUCCUGUCACCGAUAUUUACUUUGCCGGCCCCGGAUCCCUUUUGAUGGCCACUCCUACCUCUGUCAUUCUUUUCGAUAUCCAACAACGCAGAGUGAUUGCUGAAUUGGCCGUCGCCUCUGUAAAGUAUGUUGUUUGGUCCGCCGAUAUGUCCAUGAUUGCUCUUUUAAGUAAACACACUAUUACUAUUGCCACCAAGGAUUUGAAGCAAAGCAGUCAAAUCCAUGAAACAAUUCGUAUCAAGAGUGCUACAUGGGAUGAUUCCGGUGUAUUGAUCUAUUGUACUUUGAACCAUAUCAAGUAUGCUUUACCUCAAGGAGAUAAUGGUAUUGUGCGUACGUUGGAUCAACCCAUCUACUUGACCAGAAUUAAGGGAAAGAAGAUUUAUGCUCUUGAUCGUGAUGGUAAGGUCCGUGAAAUCACUAUUGACCCCACUGAGUAUCGUUUCAAGUUGGCUCUUGUCAAGAAGCAAUACGAAGAAGUGCUGCACAUCAUCCGUACCUCAAAUUUGGUCGGUCAAUCCAUUAUUGCCUAUCUUCAAAAGAAGGGAUACCCCGAGAUUGCCUUGCAUUUUGUUAGAGAUGAUAAGACUCGUUUCGAACUUGCUCUUGAGUGUGGAAACCUGGAUGUUGCCCUCGAGACUGCAAAGUCUAUGAAUAAGCCCGAUUACUGGUCCAAGUUGGGUGCCGAAGCUUUGCGCCACGGUAAUUACAAGAUUGUCGAAUUAUCUUAUCAACGUACUAAGAAGAUGGAUAAGCUUUCCUUCUUGUAUCUUUUGCAAGGUAACGAAACCAAUCUUCGCAAAAUGUUGGAAAUCUCUCAACUUCAAAAGGAUCCUCUCAUGAGAUUCCAAAAUGCUGUUUAUCUUGGUGAUGUCGAGGAACGUAUUCAAUUAUUAAAGGAUGUUGGACAAUUGCCUUUAGCAUACAUGACAGCCAAGACUCAUGGUUUGACUGAACAAGCUGAAGCUAUCUUGGCAGCUGCUGGAAAGACUGAGGAUGAAAUUGAAAUGCCCGAAAUGCCUGAUCAAUUACCCGCAACUCCUAAACCCAGCAGUCAACUUGAAGAUCCCAACUGGCCUCUUUUGACUGUUUCAAAGAGUUUCUUUGAAGGUGCAUUUGCUCAACAACAGCAACAACAGCAGCAACAACAAGGUUCUAAUGCUAAUGUCAGUAGCUUGAAUGCUGCUGGAUUUAACUAUGACGAUCAAAUUGAUAAUAUUGAAGAAGCCGGUGGUGAUUGGGGAGAUGAUGAUGACCUCGGAAUCAAUCCAUCCUCAAAGGCUGCAACUCGUGAUAUUAAUGACGAUUUGUUAGGCGGUAACCCUGGCGGUGAUGAUGAGGAUGAUUUGAAUGGUGACGGUGGAUGGGAUGAUGAUGACGAUAUUAAGGCUGAGUUAGAUGCAGAGAUGGGACAUGUCGCAGCAAAGGAGACCGCUGAAUUUGUUGCUCCCUCUGAGGGAGUCAGCGAAAAUAGUUUAUGGGCUCAAAACUCUGGUGUAGCAGCUGAUCAUAUUGCCGCUGGCGCAUUUGAUAGCGCUAUGCAAAUCUUGAACCGUCAAAAGGGUAUCAUCAAGUUCGAACCUCUUAAAUCUCAUUUCCUUGCCAUUUAUCAAGCAUCUCAUGUAUCCGUUUCUGGUAUUCCUAACACACCUAGUGUCAAUUAUAAUCUUCGUCGUAACCCUGAUACAUCUUCGCCCCGUAACACUUUACCUGUUGCCGUUUACAAUUUCCAAACAAUUGUUACUACUCAAUUACAACAAGCUUAUCGUCUUUUCACAUCUGGUAAACUUGUUGCAGCAGCUCAACAUUUCAAACUUCUUCUGCACUCUGUGCUCUUUACUGUAACAUCCAAUGAAGGUGAGGCCACUGAAUUGGUCCAAUUGAUUGAUAUCUGUCGCGAGUACCUUUUAGGUCUUUCAAUGGAGCAAAAGCGUAGAUCUAUCACAGGCCAAACACCUGAAGACAUGAAGCGUGCUUUAGAAUUGGCGGCUUAUUUCGCACAUUGUCAUUUACAAACACCACACAUGCAGUUAGCAUUACGUCAAGCUACAAAGCAAGCAUUUAGAACCAAGAAUUUCAGCACAGCAUCACAAUUCGCGUCUAGAUUACUUGAGCUUGCACCACCUCGAACUGUUGCUGAUGAGGCACGUAAAAUUCAAUCUGUAUGUGAGCGUACAUUACACGACGAGCUUGCAUUUGAUUAUGAUCAAUACAAUCCCUUUGAUGUCUGUGCAUCAAGUUUCGAACCCAUUUAUCGUGGCUCACCCAAGGUUGAAUGUUGUUACUGUAAGGCAUCCUAUAAGCCAGCAUUUGAAGGAAAGGCCUGUAACAUUUGUGAGGUUGCAAAGAUUGGCAACUAAAACACCAAUCAUAAUCUAUUUUUUUUUCUCUCUCCCCCCCUCCCCCUAUUUAAAAAAUAAAUUUUUUUUUAAGAUCCAGUAA